AUUGACUAUAUUUUCUGGAGUCCCCUCAACUUCAACUGGCAGCCUCUAAUCACAACAUGCUGCCACAAAAUCUCCAAACUUUUCUUUUAUUUUUUGCUCAGUUUCUUGAUAACAUUGUGUGGAUAAGAUUGCAUUGCAUCUGCAACUGUAGUGAAAUGCCUCUCUUUCUCUCUCUACCAUACAAUACUCCGUUUUCACGUCCGCAUUUCCACUUCCAUGCAAAUUGCAUCCUCAGGAUAUCUCCAAAAUGAGAAGGCUCUCACCAUCUUGUAAUACAAUGCUAUGAUGUAUGCAAAAUCAGCCACAGAAGGUUGCUAUUUUCUUUCAGAAGACGGAUGUAACUCAUGGGAGACCAUAGUCGGGAAAGUAUCCAGUCAAUGGCAGUCGGAAAGGAGCAGAAUGGAUCGAUGACGAACAGCGCCAAAGUUGGGCCAUCAAACAUGGCAGAGCCUCAUAUGAAAGAGAAGCAAAUUCGUUCUUUUUCAGCUCCUCUAAGUUCUCGUAACGAAUUUUCCUGCUCAUCCUGCUUGAGAAAUAGCAGUUGCCAAACAGUUCGUUCAAGAACGAAGUUCAUGAAUGUUCUGAUAGAGAGAGGAAAGCCUCGAGAAGUCCCUGUCAUUUUCAAAGCUUUAGUCGAAGAGGGACACAGGCCUACCCUUGUGACAUACACUACUCUUUUGGCUGCUCUCACACUGAUAAAACAUUUCAAGUCCAUUGCUUCUCUCCUUUCCAAGAUAGAACGUGAUGGACUUAAACCUGACUCAAUAUUCUUCAAUGCAAUGAUCAAUGCUUUCUCUGAAUCCGGGAAUACGAAGGAGGCUAUGAAAAUAUUCAAGAAAAUGAAAGAGAAAGGGUGUAAGCCGACAACCAGUACCUUCAACACUUUAAUCAAAGGAUAUGGAAUCAUAGGUAAGCCCGAGGAAUCUCUGAAACUAUUGGAUGCCAUGUUACAAGAACAUGUGAAACCCAAUGACAGGACAUACAAUAUUCUCGUACGAGCUUGGUGUAACAAGGGUGAUAUAGAAGAAGCAUGGAACAUUGUGUACAGGAUGAUUUCAGCUGGAGUUAAACCUGAUGCUGUGACAUACAACACAAUUGCAAAAGCUUAUGCCCAAAAAGGGGAAACUAGCAGAGCUGAAGCUAUGAUUUUGCAGAUGCAAGAUGCAAAGGUGGAACCGAAUGAGCGAACUUGUGGCAUUGUUGUGAAUGGUUACUGCAAGGAAGGAAACAUGACUGAUGCAUUGAGAUUUUUGUACAGAAUGAAGGAUCUCAGAAUGCAUCCGAAUCUUGUAGUUUUUAAUUCACUUAUCAAGGGAUUUCUUGAAAAUAAUGGCCCUCCUGGGGUUGACAAGACGCUGUCAUUGAUGGAAGAAUUCGGUGUUAAACCCGAUGUUGUAACUUUCAGCACCAUCAUGGAUGCCUGGAGUUCCACUGGACUCAUGGACAAGUGCCAAGAAAUAUUUGAUGACAUGGCUAAGGCUGGAAUAGAACCAGACAUCCACGUAUUCUGCAUCCUUGCAAAAGGCUACGUGCGUGCUGGGGAACCAGAAAAGGCAGAGGUACUCCUGAAAUCCAUGGUCAAAUCCGGGGUUUAUCCCAACGAAGUAAUAUUCACUACAAUCAUAAGUGGAUGGUGCAGUGCUGGAAAAAUGGAGUAUGCUCUCAGAAUGUAUGAGAAGAUGUGUGAAAUGGAUGUAUCUCCGAACUUGAAGACUUUCGACACUCUCAUAUGGGGAUAUGGAGAAGCGAAACAGCCAUGGAGAGCAGAAGAGUUCCUCCAAGUCAUGGAGGAGAAAGGCAUUCCUCCUCCGAAGAAAACAAUACAGCUCGUUGCUGAUGCGUGGCGAGCCAUUGGAUUCUUGGGUGAAGCUAAGAGGAUCACCAAUAUCUCGGACAACAAUCAAAUUGCUGCUACAUCAAAUGGUAGCAAGCUUAAGAUCCCUCUUGAUAAUGUUGGAUCAUUUCAUCAGAACUAUAAGCAGAAUGGUUCGUACUCGAGUAAUAUGGGAGCAUCGGGCGACGUCAUAAGCCAUCAAAAUGGGACAACUGCUGCUGCUGCUGCUGGGAAAAGUCCCAUGAUGUUGAAAACAUCAAGAUAUUCUUGUAGAUGCCUCAUCAAAAUGGCUAAACCAGUUUUUCUUCCUAAGGCUUGUGGUUUGGGAGCAAAAAUGUCGGUGGUGUGGAAGAUGCAGAUGCAGUUCCAUGGGCUGGAUACGAAUUAUAGGUACACGAGUUCAUGUAAAUUGGUCUUCUGAAAUAUUGGCCACAGCUUGUUACAUAUUAUUCGAGAUAUGCUUCUUGAAGUUGUAAAAAAAUGCAUUAUUUUUUAAAUCCAAGUUAUUCCCACUUGAAACGA